CAAUUAAGCAGUCCCUAAACUUCUCCAUCUUUUUUUGCCCGUUCUCCGACCCCGAGACGGCACUCUCUUUCCCGUACUUCAUCUCAGACAAUAUUUAACUCUCUCUCUCUCUCUAUAUAUAUAAAUAUCUCUCUCUCUUUCGACACACUCAGAGCUCAUAUGUUAGGAAACCGUUUCAAUUUCACUCUUACCUCUCUCUUUGGUUUCGGAACCCAAACGAACUAACAAAUGCCGCAGCCGCAACUGACUGAGCUCAGUCGCGUCGACCCGCGGUUCUGGCGAGCCUGUGCAGGAUCCUCCGUUCAAAUUCCCGCCGUUAACUCUAGGGUUUACUACUUCCCUCAAGGUCAUUUCGAACAAUCCUCAUCGUCCACGGCACCUCAUCCUCCAUUCCUCACCAAUCUCGCUCUCUCUAAACCCUCAAUCCCUUGUCAAAUCUCCGCCGUUGAUUUCCUCGCUGAUCCAGUAACUGACGAGGUCUUCACCAGACUUCUCCUUAUCCCUCUCGAUAACCCCUUCUCUAACCUCCCUCUCUCCUUUCUAGAACCUUGUAGAAGUGAAGGUGAAGGUGCUAAUGACGUUGAUGACGACGAAAGAAAGAUUUUGGCCUUCUCUAAGAUUCUAACUCCAUCAGAUGCGAAUAACGGUGGCGGCUUCUCUGUCCCGAGGUUCUGUGCCGACUCGAUCUUCCCUCCGUUAAACUACCAGGCGGAGCCUCCGGUCCAGACUCUAACGGUUGCCGAUAUUCACGGCGUUAGUUGGGAUUUCAGGCACAUUUAUCGAGGUACGCCACGUAGGCACUUGCUAACUACCGGUUGGAGUAAGUUUGUUAACAAUAAGAAGUUGAUUGCGGGAGAUUCGGUGGUUUUUAUGAGGAAUUUGAAGGGAGAGAUGUUCAUUGGAGUGAGGAGGGCUGUUAGGUUUAAUAACAGUGCCAGGUGGAGGGAGCAGGUUUCUGACAGCGGUGGAGAUGGGAAAGUGAAGGUGGAGGAGGGGUUUUCAAGGAGUUGGAGAGGGCGGUUGUCUCAAGAGGCUGUGGUGGAGGCAGUAGAGAGGGCGGCUAAAGGCUUGCCGUUUGAGGUUGUCUACUAUCCGAGGGCAGGGUGGUAUUCAGAUUUUGUGGUGAGGGCUGAAGUGGUGGAAGCUGCACUAUGUGUGUUUUGGACUGCUGGGAUGAGAGUGAAGAUGGCUGUGGAGACUGAGGAUUCCUCCAGAAUGACUUGGUUUCAGGGGACUGUUUCGGGUACUGGUUUGCCUGACUGUGGUGCAUGGCGUGGCUCUCCUUGGCGCAUGCUUCAGAUUACUUGGGAUGAGCCUGAAGUUCUGCAGAAUGUAAAGAGAGUGAGCCCUUGGCAAGUGGAAUUUGUUGCAACCACACUGCCAAUUCAAGACGCAUCCCCCCCAAUGAAGAAAUUGAGAUAUCCUAAUGAUUCUGGGUUCCUGACAAAUGGAGAACUUUUCUUUCCGAUGUCAGACCUAACUAAUUCAAGAACGGGGCACAUGAAUGCUUCAAUGUUGAAUUAUAGUACUUUUCCUGCUGGCAUGCAGGGAGCCAGGCAAGAUCCUUUUUCCACAUUCAGUUUAUCCAACUUAAUAAGUGAAAAUGCUUCUCAGGUGUUUGGUGACAAGGUCUUUGGAAACAACUUGGUACCCAAAAUGAAAAGAAUGCCCAGUGAGAUGAACAUUGGCAGUUUGCAGUCUGGGGACUUAUCACCUGAGAGCCAGAGUAGUGCACAUUCUUUUGGCAAAGACUUUACUGGAAACAGGAGCUUCAACCCCAAAAAGGUUGGAAUUAGCUCUAUUCAGUUAUUUGGUAAGAUCAUUCACAUGAAUCAGCCGGUUGAAAAUGGUUUUGAUAGUGUUGGCUUCAUGGACAACAGCAGUAAAGGUUGCAAUGAAACUGAGGGUGUUAAUGCACUUGAACUUUCACUGACUUCCUCCUAUACAGAACUACUUAACAGGAUUGAUGUCCAAUGCCAAAGCGCUUCGGCUGUUGAGGCAUGUUCUGCAUGAACAAAUAGUUCUGUAAUGCCAUGCUAAUAAAUAGCUGUGCAGGUUUUAUCUGCAUGCAGAGAGCUGACUUCUGAUUAGACCCAGGCAGUAGUGACUGGUCUCCAGUUUAGUGUACGCUGGUUUGUUCUAGUUAGCGAUGCGGGCAACUUAGAAAAUUGAUUUGGCAGAUGUUUGAAUUCAGUGUUGGAUAUUUUUGUGGCGUAUGCGUUUUGUUUUGGUUUCACGUUAUUUGAUAUUUCUUUGCUUGAUUUAUUAGGAUGUACAUUAUUAAAAAAACUAACAGGGAUCGGUCACUCAUAAUUUAUUAUGGAUUCUAAUAGUAAAUUUAUGAUUUUAUCCUUGUCA